AUGCCUGACUUGAAUGCUGAAAAAAGAAUUGGGGUAAUAAAACAAUUAGCCUAUUAUCCAGAAAGAUUUGACCUUCCGGAAGAAGAAAGAGGAUUUUGUAGCGAUUUAGUAAUUAUUUUGCGAAAGCGACCAGAGAAAAGUUUUUUUGAAAUAGCAAUUUUGUGUCUGGUAGGAAAUCAAGGAGUAAGCGGCACUUCAGCGGGAGCAGCAACUUAUUUGGCUUUAUUGAGUGCUUUACACCAAAAACCUCUUUCUCGAAAUUUAGCAGCAAUGGGGGAAUUUAGAAAAGGGGAAGUCUUUCCGGUGGCAGCUUUACGGGCAAAAAUUACGGCUGCUUUUCGUCAAGGAGUAAAUUGUUUGGUUCUUCCUCGACAACAUUUGGCACCAAUCGUAGAGUCGCAGGAACUUGAUGAUUUAUUUUGA